AUGUCAACAUCAGAUCCAAUCUUUGCCCCACCCAUAAACCGUUCCAUGAAGGAACUAGACCGUUCCUUCUUCCGCAAACAAGUCCCAUUCUUAGCAGCCUAUUUCCCCCAACCAAAAUACUUAACCCCAUUCAUGAAAUCCUGUAAAUCAGACCUCCUUCAAAUAUCCCACGUCAAACAUAUCAUCCCCAUGGACAAUUCCAAAGCCGUCCUCCUCCAUCCCCAAAUCACAUCCCCAGAAGAUAUUUCUCCAGAAACAAAACAAAAAAUCCAAGAAUUCGGUAUCGAAAUCCGUCCAUAUACCAUGGAUCUCGACUAUUCAUUCUGGAAAGCUGAUGAUAUCUUACGUGCGGUCCUACCUGAAGAUCUCGUCGAUGAGACCCCUACAGGAUUCAGUCAAGCUGGUCAUAUUGCUCAUCUUAAUCUUCGUAAUGCCUUUAAACCAUUUGGGAAAUUGAUUGGACAGGUUAUUCUUGAUAAAAACCCUAGUGUUGAGACGGUGGUUGAUAAAGCUGAUACGAUUGCUAAUAAGUUUAGAACCUUCAAUAUGACCUUAUUGGCAGGUAAGGAUGAUUUUGUCGUGGAGCAGACGGAGAGUAAAUGUAGGUUUAAAUUUGAUUUUAGUAAAGUUUAUUGGAAUUCUAGACUUGCGACUGAGCAUGAAAGGUUGGUUGAGAAGUUUGAUGUGGGAGAAGUUGUAGGAGAUGUUUUUGCUGGGGUGGGGCCAUUUGCCGUGCCGGCUGGGAAGAAAAAGGUUAUUGUGAUGGCUAAUGAUUUAAAUCCAGAAAGUUAUAGAUAUUUGAAAGAAAAUAUUGAACUGAAUCGAGUUGAGAAGUUUACAAAAGCGUAUAAUUUGGAUGGAAGGGAAUUUAUUCAACAAGCUCCCAAAUUGUUAUAUGAUUUCCAUAAGGGAACUCCCGUAAUUGAGGAAGAUAUAAUCAAGAGAAGAAAAGUCACAGAUCCUAAAACUGGUCAAUCUAAAUCCAUAAAGGAAAUUACCAUCAAGAAAACCAAAACUCCAAAAUAUUAUUCCCAUUUCGUUAUGAACUUACCUGAUUCUGCCUUAUCAUUCUUAAACGAAUUUAUUGGUCUCUAUUCUAGACAUCCUUCCAUCAUGGAAGAAAUUCAAUCAGAUCCGGAAUUCAAAUUACCUAUGAUCCAUGUCCAUUGUUUUGAGAAAUUUGGUUUGGAUGAAGAACCAACUGUGGAUGAAUUGAGUCGUAGAGUUUAUGAUAAGAUAUGUGGAUUGAUUGAAUAUGAAUUGGAUUAUGAUACUAUAGAAUUCCAUACAGUUAGGUGGGUCGCUCCUACUAAGAUUAUGUUUUGCGCUUCUUUUGAAUUGCCUAAAGAGGUGGCAUUUAAAGAGUUAUAA